UUUACGACGGUGUGCUUACACAAUGACAAUUUCCGUCAGUUUGACUUGCAAAUCGUAAUCGUGUUGAUCAAGCGUUUUAUUUUCGCUUCUGUUUCCGUUGAAACGACAGUACCAUCGAUUUGUACUAUCGCUCGAUAUCUUGUACAUUAAUAGAUACAGGGAGAGACAUUUUAUUUGAGUUAAGUACAAGUUGUACUUACUGUACUUAAACUCCGAACUUUCAACUCGGGGCCCACUAGAGAGCUCGAGCGGCAGCUCCGAAAAGUUUGUUGUUGUCACGUGACGUGAGACGAAUGUGGCGUUAAAAGUUUACUCAGGUAGUAAAACUAGGUGGCGUUCUACUUUAUCCCAGCCUAUUGAGCCCAGUUUUCACAACAAUGCCUCAACCAAAAUGUCGAAAGAUUGCUGUGAUGGGUUACAGGUCUGUAGGAAAGUCAUCUCUCACAAUACAGUUUGUGGAAGGACAGUUUGUUGACUCCUAUGAUCCCACCAUCGAAAACACCUUCAACAAAAUGGUAAACGUGAACGGUCAAGACUUUAAUCUGCAGCUGGUCGAUACAGCUGGACAGGAUGAGUAUUCAAUUUUUCCACAAUCCCACACACUGGAUAUCCAUGGUUACGUCCUUGUCUAUUCCGUGACCUCUGCAAAAAGUUUUGAAGUUGUGAAGGCUCUACACGACAAGAUGCUGGACAUGGUUGGGAAGAUUCAGGCCCCAACAGUUCUUGUAGGGAACAAAAAAGAUCUCCACAUGGAAAGGGUUAUUAAGCCAGAGGAGGGAAAGAAACUUGCUGAUACCAUGGGUGCUGCAUUCAUGGAGUCCUCAGCCAAGGAGAAUGAGACUGCUGUGGAGGUGUUCAAGUGUAUCAUUUUGGAGAUGGAGAAAGCUGAUGGAAAUGCACCCCCAGAGGAGAAGAAGUGUGUUGUGAUGUGAGAGUGUAUCCAGGACAUCAGUAAGCCCAGUUGCUGGAGACAGGAGGCACAACUUCACCAGCCAACAAAUCACAACCUCACAGAUACCAAGACACGGCAGUGGAUAUUUUUCUGCUUCAUUUAUACCAGAUUGAUUUAUAUAGCAAAACAACUGCCCAGACAGUCCGGACAUAAACUAUUCCAUAAGUUGUAAUCACAGAGAGAAUUUUCUAAGAGCUAGAUUAGUCUCUGUCGGAGGCAGAGAAGCACCAUCAGCAAACAUUUCCAUUAGGUAUUGGUUUGUAAUCCAUGACUCAGCAAAAUCUUGGUUUUGAGUUAAAUGAGAAAACAUAAAAACAAAAAAGCAUUGACAGAUCCCCUUGAAGUGCAUCAGAUGCAUGUAGUUGAACAUGUACUCUGAUGUUUGAGACAUCUUUUCUUAAUGUCUCAUAACUGACCAGUUGAGCUAAUGUACAGAGAGGGCUUGUUAACAUUUUCAAGGACUGGUAUUAUUUCAGCAAAUCUUUUUUUUUUUUUGACACUGAUGGACUGUCACAGUACACAUUUUUUAAAUGUGUUGUAAAAAUGUCAGUAUUUCUCACAAAUGGUGGACCCCCUGAAAUGAGGUUUUACACAUGAAAUCUCACUUUGGUUUCAUGGUAAUUUUUAUCAACUCAUCUUCAGGUACCUUUCAUCAAAGAACUCUGGAACUGUCUUCACAAUGGAAGCAUCUGUCUGUGUUUCAUAUAAACAUUCACAUUUUAUGCUCUUUGACGAAGCAGUAAGAUCUUUGUUUCAACGGUUGAAUUUCUCAUUGACUGUAAUGAAGAUGUUGUGGACAACCCUCAGAGAUUUAGUAUAGAUAUAAAUAAUCUUUGUAUUUACCAGUUAUGGCCUUUUAUACAGUAAAUAUAGAAUUGUAGAAAUUGGUUUGUUACUAUUGGCUUUAUGCUGAGUGGUGCAAGUUUGCUCUCCCUUCAUUACCCUUAGUUGAGUUUAUGGUUAGAAAUGCAUUAUAAUUAUUGAUAAUGUUGAGUUGCAAUUUUUGGAUUGCAUUUUAACACAGCAAAAGACUAUUUAAGUGGCUGAUGGUGACAAAAUUGGCUGGAAUUUUGAAGCUUGUGGUUUGGAGUUUAUGGAUCACGCAAGUUUUAUAAAAGUAAGCCAAGCUGGCAUGCUGUCCAUUUAAUUGAUCAGCUGGACUUGCAUGAUACCCAUCAGAUGCUUGAGAUCCUAAAUGACUUGUUUUUCUUAGCUCCUUUAGCCUUACAAAGAAAUGGCACAAUGUGGAUUUUUCUUUAUCAUCCUGAUGUACCUGUAGUGGGUAAUUGUAACUCUUUUAUUAAGUGCUUUGCUGAAUAGGUAGAUUUGUGGGUGAUAUCUUAUGGUUGAAGAGAAACUGGUGAUGCUGUGUCUUGUGCCUUACAGUUUUUCAAACUCUUUAUCUGCUUCCCGUUCAUGACUCAAGGUGCUCUCCAUGGUUUUGUUUUCCUUCUUUUGACUUGAUACUUUGGUGCAGGUGGUAUGAGCACCAUUACACUCUUGAUGCUCAAUGUUAAUUCUGAAAUCUUGCUGUAAACAGUUUUGUAUAUAAAUAAAUCUGUUACUCAUUUGA